CUAAAAAAGUAGAACUAAAUCAGGUUAAAAACAAAAUUAUUUAUAAAUAUUAAUUAUGCACUUGAUGUUCGUUUUAUUUGCAUUCCUUGUCACUUUGGCAGCAUUCUGUAAUGGGCAAUUCUUUUAUCAUCAACAUUUAGCCCCUGUCUCUCAGCCCUAUGCCCAUCCGUCUGUUGUAGAAAACGCACAUCGCGAAGCGCAAUUACCACCAGAACUUUCGAAAAGUAAUCGCUUUUACAGUAAUCCCAACAUUGCAGCAGCAUUGGCCAAACAAUCCUGGUUUACAGAUAAAGAAAUGCCAGUUAUAGAUCGUGAAGCUGAGAAGAUACCUCGUGAUAUGGUAUAUAAGUUAUUUAAAAAUGCAGGUUAUAUCAAACGUAGAUGAAAUUAAGAAAACGAUUAAGUUUCUGUUCUUAUCUAAAUGUGUAUUAAAUAUUUUACGUUUGUAAUUGGUUGUUUAAAAGUAAAUUUGUUUCAAAGUAGGACUGUUAAGUUAUUUAUAUAAAUAUAUACUAUUUUUAAGUACAAUAAAACGUUAACGAAUUUUUAUAUGAAAA